GACAGCGCACCGCGUCCGAGGCGGCCGCGGCCCCGCCGGAGCCGCCGCGCCCUGCUCCGCGCCCUGCUCCGCGCCAUCGGCGGGCGCCAUGGACCGAGGCCGGGCGCUCGAGCAGCUGCUCCCCGAGCUCACGGGACUGCUCAGCCUCCUGGACCACGAGCACCUCAGCGACACCGCCCUGGAGAAGAAGACGGCGGUGGCCUCCAUCCUGCAGAGCCUGCAGCCCCUCCCAGCCAAGGAAGUCUCCUACCUGUACCUGAACACGGCGGACCUGCACUGCGGGCCCAGCUUCGUGGAGUCCCUCUUCGAGGAAUUCGACUGUGACCUGGGUGACCUUCGAGACGCGCCGGACGACGACGGGCAGCCCAAAGGCGCCAGCCCCCAGCCGGCCAGAAGCCCAUCUCUGAGACAUGCCGCCGACCCGCCUCCACCGCUGCCCAGCAGGCCUCCGCCUGAGGAGUUCUACGAGGAGGCCCUUCCCCUGGGCCCCGGCAAGGCCCCUGAGUACGUCAGCUCCCACGACGGCUGCAGCCCGGCGCAGUCGAUCGUGGACGGCUACUACGAGGACGCGGACAGCAGCUACCCGGCCACCAGCGUGAACGGGGAGCUGAAGAACUCUUACAAUGACUCUGACGCCAUGAGCAGCUCCUACGAGUCCUACGACGAGGAGGAGGAGGAGGGCAAAGGGCCGCGGCCCACACACCAGUGGCCCUCGGAGGAGGCCUCCAUGCACCUGGUCAGGGACUGCAGGAUGUGUGCCUUCCUGCUGCGGAAAAAGCGCUUCGGGCAGUGGGCCAAGCAGCUGACCGUCCUCAAGGAGGACCAGCUUCUGUGCUACAAAAGCUCCAAGGACCGGCAGCCGCAUCUGAGGCUGGCGCUGGACGGCUGCACCGUCGUCUACGUGCCCAAGGACGGCCGGCACAAGAGGCACGAGCUGCGCUUCUCCCAGGGGGCCACCGAAGUGCUGGUGCUGGCACUGCAGAGCCGGGAGCAGGCCGAGGAGUGGCUGAAGGUCAUCCGAGAGGUCAGCAAGCCUGCUGGGGGCGCUGAGGGGGCGGAUGUGCCGAGAUCCCCUGUCCUCCUGUGCAAGCUGGACCUGGACAAGAGGCCGUCCCAAGAGAAGCAGACCUCAGACUCCGACAGCCUGGGCCUGGGAGACAGCUGUUCCACCCUUGGCCGUGAACAUGGCAAAGGGAAGAAGAACAGCCUGUCGGAGCUGAAGGGGUCAGUGAGCAAGGCUGCCGGCCGCAAGAUCACCCGCAUCAUCAGCUUUUCCAAGAAGAAGGCGCUGGCCGAAGCCCUGCAGGCGUCCGCUGCCGAGGAGGAAGUCCCGUGCUGUGGUCACCUGAACGUGCUGGUGAACCACGGCUGGAAGGAACGCUGGUGCCGCCUCAAGGGCAGCACCCUGUAUUUCCACAAGGACCGGACGGACCUGCGGACCCACGUGAACGCCAUUGCCCUGCGCGGCUGCGAGGUGGCCCCGGGCUUCGGGCCCAGACACCCGUUUGCCUUCAGGAUCCUGCGCGACCGGCAGGAGGUCGCCAUCCUGGAGGCAAGCUGCUCGGAGGACAUGGGCCGCUGGCUCGGGCUGCUGCUGGUGGAGACAGGCUCCAGGGUCACUCCGGAAGCGCUGCACUAUGACUACGUGGACGUGGAGACACUGACCAGCAUUGUCACCGUGGGGCGCAGCUCCUUCCUAUAUGCAAGAUCCUGCCAGGAUCCGUGGCCUGAGCCCCGCGUCUACGAUGAUGUCCCUUACGAAAAGAUGCAGGACGAGAAGCCUGCACGUCCCUCUGGAGCCCAGGUCAAGCGCCACGCCUCCUCCUGCAGUGAGAAGUCCCAUCGGGUGGACCCGCAGGUUUCGGUCAAGCGCCACGCCUCCAGUGCCCACCAAUACAAGUACGGCAAGAACCGAGCCGAGGAGGACGCCAGGAGGUACCUGAUGGAAAAAGAGAAGCUGGAGAAAGAGAAAGAGACGAUCCGGACGGAGCUGGCAGCGCUGCGGCAGGAAAAGAGGCAGCUCAAGGAAGCCCUUCGGGACCACCCAGGGGCCAAGAUAAAGGCUCUGGAAGAGGCCCUGGGCACCCUGGAGGCUCAGUGUCGGGCCAAGGAGGAGCGCAGGAUAGACCUGGAGCUGCGGCUGGUGGCUGUGAAGGAGCGCCUGCAGCAGUCCCUGGCGGGCCCAGCCCUGGGGCUCUCCGUGAGCAGCAGGACCAAGAGCGGGGAAGCGGCCAGCAAGCCCCAGGGCAGCGCCCCGGAGCAACCUCUCCCCGUCAACUGCGUCUCUGAGCUACGGAAGAGGAGCCCGUCCAUCGUAACCUCCAACCAAGGAAGGGUGCUGCAAAAAGCCAAGGAGUGGGAAAGGAAGAAGACCUAGAGGAAGAGGAGGCUCUCAUCCAGGGCAGAAAGGCCUUUCUCACAGGAGACUCACCAGACUGGACGUAGCCCGCCUCUCCAGGGCACCCAAAAGACCAGCCCUUAUUCUCUGCAUGAUUCUAGGGAACUGGGGGGUGGGGGGAAGAGAAGGGGGAAUGGAGGCAUCCUUGUAACUUCACGCGAGGUGGAAACGGGGCUCGAGGGAGCCAGCGGUCUGCAGAGUUACAAAGAUCUUGUUAACGGCCUGCCUUCCCUUCGGAAGAAGAAAUGAAAGCACAUGUGAAUGAGC